GAUAUUUGUUGGCAUGGCAGAGUCUGCUCAGCGCAAGGGUUUUUCCGUUUUCCACGAUGUGUUUCGUCGGGCCGACAAAAACGAUGACGGCGCUCUCACGCUCGAAGAGUUCAAGGACUACUUCACUGACGGCGUGCUGAGCGACGAAGAGUUGGAGCAGCUCUUUCACAAGAUAGACGUCGACAAAAGCAACAAUCUGAGCACGUCGGAGCUCUGCAAUUAUUUUGCAAACAAUUGGGGUCCGUUCGGUGAGAUAUUCGCGUCUCUUGAAGAUCUGAAUCCGACCAUAACGGCCGCUUUGAAUCACACACAUCAGGUCUACAAGCAGGACACGUUUUUUAAUCAGUUUGCAACACGUUUCAUGAUGAAGGAGGUUGCCAACCAACUGAAAGCCCUCCAGGAACCAGUAGAGGUCGCCUCUGAAAAACUCGAUGAAGAGACAUUGAAAUCAAGACCUAAUAUGCAUCAGGCAACUAUAUCUACUGCAGCCGUCACCACUGAUCCUCUCAGUUCGAAACACGCUCGUCGCUUGGCUCGUCUUCAGUCACAUAAAUCAGAUUAUCAAGAUGGUCGAGUUACAUCGUCUGGUAUGUCUGCUCAAGUCCAACGACUCGCUGAUCUAAUCGACCACUUGGAAAAGAAGGUUCGUAUUUCUUGUGUCGAAGAACAAGACGUGGUUGAAGAUGAUGAAUGCAAUGCUGUUGUUGUAUUACGCCAACUAACUGUAGAUGAGUCUGCAAUUGCUGAUUUUCGGGCAGCUGUACAAUCAUACUGUGAGACGUCCAGGGCUCAAGACGGCUGCCUCCACAUUCUCAUCAGGUCCUACUCUGGCACUUCAAAGUUUGCUCUCUAUGAAGUCUGGGAUGGGCAAGACUCGUGGCAAAGGCACUUUGCAUCCAAGUCAUCCAGAAAAUUUCAGAGAGCCAUUGUAGAUCACCUCACUGUUCCUGAAGCAGUUAGCAGCAUGCCAAUGCCAGCAUCUUGGUGGCAGGACGACUCGUAGUAAUAAGACUUGUGGAACUGACCAACUUGUGCUUCAUUGCCGGUAGGUAGGGGUUGUUGCAUUGUGAUGGUGAUUUUGAAAUGAGUUUGUGCAAUUAAAUUCACUGUGAACUUUGAAGUCAGAA